GUUACAUGAUCUCAUCUGUUUAAAAAAAAAUGCUCAAGUGUUGAAUAUUUUGGCGGUAAUUUCGUUUGGUUUUUUGGUGUGUCCCGAAGUGUUUUUGAAUUAAAAUGGUUACGAUGAACUCUUCGGAGAAGGCGGCUCAGAAAGCUUGUCAGCAGGGACCAUCAAGAGAUAAUUCGAAAUAUGUCAAAGAAGAUAAGGAGAAGGAAAAGGACAGAGACAAAAAGGACAAUGUAUCGAGUCUGCCGCCGAGCGUGCAGGCCCUUAUGUCCACUAUACCUUCACCCGAGGAGUCUCCCAACUAUCUCAUCUAUAAAAAGAUGGAGGCAAUAAUUGAGAAGAUGCAGGAUGAGAACACUGGUGUACCGGUCAGAACUGUGAAGAGUUUUAUGACGAAAAUACCCUCGGUGUUCACGGGGUCGGACCUGGUGGCCUGGCUGUCUCGCCAUCUGCAGCUGGAGGAGCCCUGGGAGGCGCAGCACUUGGCACACCUUCUGGCAGCCCACGGCUACCUUUUCCCAAUCGAUGAUCAUUGCCUAACUGUGAAAAAUGAUAACACUUAUUACAGAUUCCAAACACCAUACUUUUGGCCAUCCAACCAAUGGGAACCAGAGAAUACUGAUUAUGCUGUGUAUCUCUGCAAGCGUACAAUGCAGAACAAAGCCCGGCUCGAGCUGGCAGAUUACGAGGCGGAAUCCUUGGCACGUCUCCAGAAGAUGUUCAGCAGGAAGUGGGAGUUCAUAUUCAUGCAAGCAGAGGCUCAGAGCAAGGUGGAUAAGAAACGAGACAAACUGGAGCGGAAAGUACUGGACAGUCAAGAGAGGGCGUUCUGGGACGUACACCGGCCUAUGCCGGGAUGUGUGAACACCACAGAGCUGGACCCUCGGAAGCUGUCCCGCAUCAACGCACUGAAGGCGAAGAGGCUGCGCCAGUGUCAAGAGCUGAUCCUGCAACAUAAUCUGAAGAACAAUCCGAUUGUUACAAUUACAAAUCCACAAGAGAGCGAAGAAGAAAUACAAAAGAAGAAUACGGAAAGUCUUGUGAAGGAGAACGGUGAAAGCUCGCAGCCAGAGAUAACCGUGAUCGCACCUGCGGGCAAAGACAAUCGCGGGGGCAGUAUUCAGCAGCAGAUCGACGCCGCGCGUCGCCAGUUGACCAUGCUACGAGCGCGGCUCGAGAGACGCAACGUGCGUGUCAGCAAGGUUGCCGAUAUGUUUAUAGCGUACUGCGAGCAGUAUGCAGAAUACGACGCGUUUCUUACGCCCCCAGAGUGGCCGAACCCCUGGAUAAGUGAUACCACUGAGCUAUGGGAACAGGAGAAGCAUAGCAAGGAGCCGCUGCCGCUGCGUCGUGUGCGGCGCUGGGCAUUCGGUCUGCGGGAGCUGCUGCAGGACGGCGCCGGCCGGGAACACUUCGCCAAGUUCCUCUCCAAGGAGUUCUCCGGGGAGAACCUCAAAUUCUGGCUAGCUGUGCAGGAAUUGAAGGCGCUACCCAUCCGCCGCGUGGCGUCCCGCGCUAAGGAGAUAUGGAAGGAGUUCCUCGCUUCCGACGCGCCAUCUCCAGUCAAUAUAGAUGCUGCCAGCAGGGAGCUGACGCGCAUCAAAGUGGAAUCUGGGGCAGCUGAUAGAUACUGCUUCGAUCAGGCGCAGGCGCACGUGUACCACCUAAUGAAAUCAGAUAGCUACUCGAGAUAUCUACGGUCGGAAAUGUAUAAAGACUAUCUGAACGGGGCUAAGAAAAAGACCUCAGUCAAGGGGAUACGGUCCAUCGUCUCGUUCACCGGCCGGAAAGAGACAUCAACUAACUAGCCGACGUUACAAAAGAGUAUUGUGUUAUAACAGUGAACAAGGCAAGGCGUAUGCUAAGGUCAGAUUUUUGCUAUAUCUGAAAAUCCAGAGUUCAGCAUUUCUAUAGAAGAUUUUAAAUGCAUAUAUAUUUAAUUUACCAAUGAUUUUCAACUGUAUAUAAGUUGCAAAUGUUAAAAAAAUGUAUACAAAUAGACUGUAAAAACUCGUCUGUGUGUGUACCUCAGUCUCACCUAUUUUGGCCAAGCAGCUUGCUUUGUAAGCUGUUUCGGCUAUAGUGCAGAUUAGGAAGUGAAAUUACAGGAUAAGAGGCGUAACAUGUUAGUACUCUGGAAUGACAACGCGUGAGUGGUAUCACGGGUGUCACGUGAUAACGUGAUGUCCGUAGUAUUGUUCAUGUAUGCGACGGUUACCACUUACCAUCGGGCGGGCCGUCAGCUUGUUUACCAUUACAAUUAUAU